AAAUGAAUCAAAGAUGCUUUCAGAUUUGUCCUCCUCUGCUACCUCCCCUCCAGCGAUACAAAUUCCAUUCAUCACAGUGUCCCCACCCUGGAGUGAGCCAGAGGUCGGGCUGUAGCUCGCUGCUGAGCCAGUCGCUGCUGAUGCAAUCCGCAGCGGAGCGCGCCCAGCUCUCCAUCUUCCGCGCGCUUGCCGACCCUGAGCGCCACGUGUCACUGCACAGCCGCCUCCUCCAGAGGAGACUCACAUUUACACCCAGGAGCCGGAGCCACGACCUAAGGCACGAGAAAUGAAGGACUGCAGUAAUGGAUGCUCCGCGCCGUUUGCUGGAGAAAGAGGAUCAGAAGAAGUGGCCGAGACUUUUAGGGCCAAAGAUCUCAUCAUCACACCAGCCACUGUCUUAAAGGAGAAGCCGGACCCGGAUUCGCUGGUCUUUGGAGCUACGUUUACUGACCACAUGCUGACGGUGGAGUGGUCCUCUGCGUCUGGAUGGGAGAAACCUCACAUUAAGCCUUUUGAAAACUUGCCCAUACAUCCCGCUGCCUCUGUUUUGCACUACGCUGUGGAACUGUUUGAAGGCUUGAAAGCCUUUCGGGGAGUUGAUAACAAGAUCCGAUUGUUCCGGCCGGACCUCAACAUGGAUAGAAUGUGCCGAUCUGCUGUGAGGACCACGCUGCCGGUGUUUGACAAGGAGGAGCUCCUAGAGUGUAUUCUUCAGCUUAUACAGAUCGACCAAGAAUGGGUUCCCUACUCCACCUCUGCCAGCCUCUACAUCCGCCCCACGUUUAUCGGAACUGAGCCAUCUCUUGGCGUCAAGAAGCCUUCCAAAGCCCUACUCUUUGUGAUCCUGAGCCCCGUGGGACCUUAUUUUUCGAGUGGAUCUUUUACUCCGGUGUCUCUGUGGGCCAAUCCAAAGUACAUCAGAGCCUGGAAAGGUGGGACUGGAGACUGCAAGAUGGGCGGCAAUUAUGGAGCCUCCCUUCUGGCUCAGUGUGAGGCCAUGGAGAAUGGCUGUCAGCAGGUCCUGUGGCUGUACGGCAAGGACAACCAGAUAACUGAAGUAGGCACAAUGAAUCUUUUCCUCUACUGGGUAAACGAAGAUGGAGAAGAGGAGCUGGCAACGCCCCCACUAGAUGGCAUCAUUCUCCCGGGAGUGACCAGGCAGAGCAUCCUGGAGCUGGCACAACAGUGGGGUGAGUUUAAGGUAUGUGAGAGACACCUCACCAUGGAUGACCUGGCCACCGCCCUUGAGGGUAACAGAGUGAAGGAGAUGUUCGGCUCCGGGACAGCCUGCGUUGUCUGCCCAGUCUCUGAUAUUCUGUACCAGGGCCAGAUGCUGCACAUUCCAACGAUGGAGAAUGGCCCCAAGCUUGCAAGUCGAAUCCUGGGAAAGCUGACUGAUAUCCAGUAUGGAAGGGUGGAGAGUGACUGGACAAUCGAGUUACCCUGAUGGCAAAGCUCAGGGUAUCGGUGACGGGGUGCCACAGAAGAGCGACUCCUGCCCUCGAGCUGGGACCACCUGUGACCAUCUAGUCUUGCACAUUGUGGUCGCGUUGCUCAUGUGUUACCAAAUGAGGUUUUUCCUUGAGCCACAGAAAGUUGCCAGUGUUCAGUGUCACCUAUAUACAUGGUAGUAAUUGCUUACUGUAGUCUCCCUCACCCUGUACCAGAUCCUUAGUAGGAGAAUGGGUUCCCCAACCAAUGAGAUGUCUGUGUGCUGGAAGGGCUACUGAGGAAAUGUCACAGGCGGCCUCCCUGUGACUCAUGGGCACCCUCAGAGCAGGACACUUUGUUUCUUUUGCUGGUGAGGUUCUUUUGUUUUUUGUUUUGGUUGGUUUUUUUUUUUUGUUUGUUUGUUUGUUUCUAAUUGGGACAGAUUUGGGCUCCCCAUGCAGCCCUGCUGGCCUGGUAUUCCCUAAUGUUCACCCCGGCUGGUCUCAGACUCAGAGCAGCCUUCCCAUCUCCCUCAGCCUUCUGGAUACUGGGGUGAUUGACAGGUGACCUACCAUGAUUUGUUUUUGUUUUUUAAUCAAAAGUUUGGUCACCUGGAUUUCUUUUCUCCAUGCUUCUGUAGGUCCCUGAGUCCAUGCUAAGGUGACUCUGUCCCUUCUUGGUAUCGUGGUCUGCACUAAUCUCACCGAAGGUGUCUGAGGCUGGUUGUCCGCACUGCCCUUUUUACGUAACUGGCUGCUCACUGCGCUGCUAUGAGACUAGGGGUCCUGUGCCUUCUAGAUCUUUGCAUCCUCAAAGCCCAGCACAUAGUAGGUAUUUUUUUCAGUACAUGUUUACUCUAAGAAUGAACAUAGAAGUGUACUUUCUGUCUCUCCAUGCUGAAACCCUUUCAGAAGCCAGGCCUGAUUUGGGCAGCAUGUAGCCGUAUUUACCUCAGGCUGUCUUUCCUGUCCAUGGACUCCUCCAGACAGCACAGUCAGUUGGAAAAUUGUCUUAUGUUUUAAGAUUAUCUUGGAAUUGAAGCAAUUGCCCUGGAAAGAUGAAGUACUAACCACGUGGAAAUGACAGAUACUAUACAUUAUGUGUUAAAUGCCAAAUAAAGGGUCAGGUUGGGAGAUAAACUCUGGAUUUGAAUCUUAAUCUACACUUUGAACCCUUCUCUUGAAGGAGCAUUGAUGAAGUGCCUGGCUAGUAACAGACACUAAUUCCAGACCAUGUUCUUCUUGGUUAGGAACUGUGAGUGAAAAGUUCUCUCAUGGCCCAGCUUAUCCAGGAGAAUGUCAGGUCUUGAUAGAAAGCCGUCACCCUUGGAAGGUCGACACUCAGCCAUGGUACUUUGGUUUCCUGGUUUCCAUAGCUUUCAGCUUACUGAUGGAACUUGGGUCUCUUCAGAGCCCCAGGGGGAAGGGCUUUAUAAGAACUCCACCCAUUAGAGACAGUCCUUAAGACAUUUAACAUUUAACCAUACACACACAGCACUUAGGUUCCAUUCCAGUUGUUUAUCUGUCUGGCUUUUUAGACAGAAACAGUGAAAAAUUGGAGAAGGCCAUGACUGGAGAUGGUAAAAUAUGUCCGAGGGGCCUUUUCUUUAGUGACUGAAGUCUUGGGCGAGGGUGUCUUUGAGCUGAGUGUCUCCAUCCUUCCCUGUUCAGGAUCCUUCCUGCAGGUGCUCAUGAGGUAGUAGCAUCAUGAGAUGCUCCUUUGCUUCCCUCUACUCUUUGACUUCAUCUUUACAUCUAGGAUAGACUAGCAGGUGUCGUAGCUGUCAGGUAGCACAGAAUGACCAAACUGAGUCUGGAGAGAAGGGAGGUGCCUUGUCUGUCCUGAGUCCACUUAAGGCUUUACACUUUUAAAUUAAGCAUGGCCCAUGUGAUGGUCGGGAACAUGGGCUAUGACCUCAUAAAUCAAAACCUGUUAAGCCUUCCAUCAGGCUCAGUUAAAAUGGAAGGAAGGAAGGACACAUGGUUUUUAAAAACCAGAGGCCUGAUACAGAGCACAGUCUGCCAUCCUUACUGAUAACAGAAUAUGAAACUGACCUUUGCAAUGGCUUCUUUAUGGGGAUCAAAGGAACAUCUGUAAUUCCUUUUCCCUGUUCAUUAUUUGUUUAAUUGCAGGGGCGUAAUGCAGCAUGAGGGUUGAAAUUGUAUCCAGGCAAUUACCCCUUCUUCAAGACUCACUAUCCCAACACUAAUUGAUCGUUUAAGGCAUAAGACAGUGGAACAUUGGGAACAUGUAAAGCUAAUCUGCCGGGCACCAUCAACAAAUUAAUAUUAUUGCUGAUAUUUGCAUAAUUCACUGCAAUUAUUAAUGUUUAAUCAGGAUGUGCAGAUGAGAUUUGCCGGGUCACAUGGGAGUGGGUGUAACCGGGACUAAACAGGCCUGGAAGCUCUCGAGGAUUCUCUUAUUUUGUAUAGCUCCAUCUUUUCACAGACAAGUCAGAUUUCCUCAGAACACAUGAGACACCCAGGAGUUCAGGAGUAGAGCGAACCUGAGCCUUGGCUAACGUGGCUUGCUGAUGCAAUGUGGUUGUUAGGGUUACUUAUGGAGGACUCUAUUAAGGGUGCUAAAGAAUGGAUAAAUGAGCGAUAGCUGGCAGCCUGUGUUUGAAAAAAUUCAAAGACGUGACUGAGAAACUUUGUUAGGGAGCUAGACCUUUUCCUGAUGUAAGAAGCAAGCUUUAAAGGGGCUUGGGAGAAGACUCAGUGGUAAGAGCACUUGCUGCUCUGGUAGCCACCCUAUAGUUCGCUUUCUUGAACCCACCUAGUAGCUCACAACUAUCUUAAUUCCAGUUCCAGAGUAUUUGACAGAGUAAAGGUCCUCUUCUGACCUUUAGGGGGAGCUGCACGCCUGUGAUGUGAUGGGAAGACACACUCUGCUCCCACCACGUGUAUGUAAAGUCUUCUUACAAGAAGAGAAACAAGCUCUGUGGUGAUGUGUCUGCUCUGUGAAGAGGUAGAGAGCCUAUCUCAGUCACGCUGGGAUACAAUCCUCACUGUAUCAUUUUGUUACUUGUUGCUUGGUAAUAAUGUAGCUGAAGACGUCAUCUUGCGGGGCUGAGCGCUCUUGGGCUCCUGGUGACAGCUUUGAGCACGAUGUAGGGAAGACUUUGUUUCAAUUCGGCACUUUCACUUUAAGGGAACUAGUUGAAGUAUGAAGGAAGCUGUCUGUAUAACCGUUUUCUUUGCCUUCCUGGCUCUGUGUUCUACACAGAGUCCUCUGUCCUUAUAAAAUUAUGUUGUUCAGUUUAAAACUUGUGGCUGAGACAGAAAGUCUCUUGGCAGACAACAGUUGCUUGUUUCCAUUGGAUGGUACUUUCUAAACCAUUUAGAGGAAUACCAUUGGUCACAUCAAAGCUAAGGACUAUGGGAAAUAAUGUGUUUCAUGUCUGGACCCAUGCUAAGCAGGUUUCUUAUGAGUAUUUAGCCAUUGUAGUUGCAAACAGUGGUGCCUGUGAGUGAUUUCAUGGACAUGUGGUAGCAACUGCCAUUUUAUUUUGUCACAGGAAGAAUUUAUUCAGCUUUCUAGGUUCCACAUAUCUCUGUCCCCAAAGAGGCAAAGGGUUUCAGAUUUUUCAUGUUGUAUGUUACUGGGCAGAGGCCACAGGAUUAGGGUUGGUUUGGUAUACACUGAUUGUGCAUGCACACAUGCAUCUCGCUCAGCCAACAGUGGGAUAGCAUGUUCACAUAGAACAUAAGUAGCGGAUAACGAUUACCUCACGGAGAGUGUGGGCUGAUAACUUGAACUAACUUUAGACAUAAAAGUGAUGUUUAAUAGAUACCUAGGAGGACCAGAGAAAGCACACCUCUCAGCCAUCCAUCACAGUUCAUCUCAGCCUGUAUAAGCUGGUUCUCUUCUUUUCUGCUGCUUGGGAGGUUAGAACAGAGGUCUUUUCAUGCUCAAGUCUGUGGAUUCUCACCUGUCUCCUAUCACUUGCCCAGCAUGUCUGUCAUCUACACUUAUAUUUGUAACAAAGUAUACAAAUACACUUGAAUUUGUAUCCUGUCUCUGGAGCAGUUUUGAAUUGUCAGCUGCAUCUGACACAGCUGCACUCUGCCACCCGGCUGCAUCUCUCUCUUCACUUUUUAUUUGUUUAUAUCAUCUCACUUUUGAUGACCAAAUUUGCAGACUCUGUAACCUAGGCUGGCCUUAGAUUCUCGAUUUUCUUGCCUCAGUUUCCCAAAUAGCCGGAGUGAUGGGCACCAGGUCCAAUUUCAGUUUGAGGAUUUGAAUAUAAAAACAAAAGCCAUUUAAGAUAUUACAAAGAGGUUUUCCUCCCCCUUUUCCUUUUCCUCCUCCUCCUCUUCUUCCUCCUCCUUCUCCCCCUCUUCCUCCUCCUCCUCCUGUUCUUGUUAGAGUUCCUUUCAAAGGCCCAGGUAGAAUCAAGAACCUUUCUUCCUUAAUGUGUUCCAUAGUAAGAGACUUCUGGGCUGUGUGAUUUGGAAAGGUUGAUAUAGAAGCUCAGGAAGACUGUGGUAGCAUUUGUGGGUAAUAAUUCCAUAAGGUACCGGUGGAUCGUAUUUACUCUAAUAAGUGACAAGAACUUGAGAUUUUGGCCACAUCUUUAAUCCCAGCACUUAGGAGGCAGACACAGGUGGGUCUCUGAAUCUGAGGCCAGCCUGGACUACAUAAUGAGAUCUAGGCUAGCCAGACAGGGCUGCACAGGGAGAUCCAGGUUUUUUUGUUUGUUUGUUUGUUUGUUUUUUUCAGAGAGAAUAAAAAAGAAAGCAUGAAAUUCGUCAUAGAGACAAAGUGUGCUUUAGAACUGCUGUGUGUGAGUUUUGAGAUUUCAUAUGCCUGACGAUGUCCUCUUCAUACUAUGACGAGUCUGACUGAUGUGGGAGCUUUUAAACUCCAGUGAUACAAUGUUCAGUUCACAUCAUGUACCGAGAUCCCAAGAGCUAAAGGAAACCGGGGGCUGGGAGUGAGUUAAAGUCUAGUACACUGACAGACAUCUGCAUGGCCAUGUGGUGAAGACCCAGGGCACCUGUCACUGAAUGAACACAAGAGAAGGACAAAUGGAGGUGGUGAAGAGAGAAGGCACAGUCUAUCUUGGGAUGUGAACUAUUCAUGUUUUUUGCAGGGGCUUCCUUUUUCUGCCAGGUCCUGGGACCUUCAGCCUUCAAAGUCAGUGCUAAGUACAGUUAGUGUUGCCAGCGAGCCAGCCCAGUGGCCUGUCCUGCCAGAUGCCAGAGUCAAACUUUGAGUUUACAUUCUAAAGGUCGUGGUGCACAGAGGCUCUGUACUCCUAACGUCCAGUCUGGAAAAGCACCAUGGUGUGUAAGCUCUGUCUUUAGUCAUUUCAUUCUCAGAUACAGAAAGCCCUGAAGCCAAGUAAUUAGCAAGAUGUAGUCUGUCCUUUCCUUCCUCCAGAGAAUUGUACACCACUAUUCCCAUUUCUUGAUGAAGGGCAACAGAUUUGGAAAUGAUGUGGCUUACAACUAAGAUGUGUGCCGUGCCAUGUGGUUGUUCUCUCUGGCUGGUUUCAUAAAUGCUGUGAAAAUCUUCCUAAGGGGUGGGGAUGAGAUGGAGAUAUCUCUUCAGACCCCAGGGCUCUGGCACCUUUCCCAGGAACACCGAUGAGACUUCUUUCAUUUCUCCAGAGAUUUAAAUCAGGUUCCAAAAAGCUGGUGGGCUGAAUCACUAGCACGUGGGAGGAUGAGGCAGGAUGAUUGUGAGUCUUAGGCUAGCCUGAGCUACAGACUGAGUUCUAGUAUAACCUGGUCUACCGACAGACACCCUCCUAACAUGAUUAAUGAGCUCCAAACACUAAGACAGUUGAAGCAGGAGGCUGCAAAUUCAACCUUCAGUUUCAGUAGCGUAGCAAGAUGGUCUCAAGAUUAAACUUGUGGGUUUGCACACAGCUGCACAGCUGCAGAUCUCUUCUGAUGAUGUCCAGUAGGGAAUGCUCCAAAGCAUGUCUACAGCGGAAGCCUGAACGGAACCACACAGGUAUAGGAUCUGUGCCCUUUGACUUCGUGGCUGAGAACAGAUAUGUACCGCAAGUUUCAACCUCAGAGAUUACAGGUGGGGUCAGAGUCAGCUGGACAACAGAGUCCUCGCCAUCUCUCCUGCAUCAGCAUUGGGUAAAGCCAUGUCACCACAAGGCUCCACUUCCUUGGUCUUUAAGUAGACAGACAGAUGCUGUGCACAGGCCUGGCUUUCGGGGUAGAUGUUUCGAAGGUCUUGAAGGGCUUUAGAGAAGUGCAGAGUAAGGAGAGUGGCGUGGGAGUUCACUGGGUACAGGAAACUACCUCAUUCUCCCAAAGGUUCGUAGAAGCACAGUUAAGUAUGGAAAGUGGCUUCCUUGCACCACAGAUGUCUCACGUGAAGCCCUGCUAGUGUUAAGGACCCACAGUGGUGGUGUUCUGCGGGUAAUGGACACGUUCCUCACUGUUGGCAGGUUCUUCAGAUUAUGUCUACCUUUCUGUUGCCAAUAAAACAACUGAAAACGUA